AUGGCCAUCCGACUCGUCACCUUCGACGCGCUGCACACGCUCGUCACGCCGCGCCUCCCGGUCUACGUGCAGUACGCGCAGACGUUCGAGCCGUACCUGGGUGCGCUGGACCCCGCCGCGCUCAAGCGCGCCUUUAAAUCCGCGCUGAAGCAGGUGCAGCAGGAGCAGCCGGUCUACCGCGGCGGGGCGCACGACUGGUGGGGGGACGUCAUACGCAGGACUGCGGUAGGGGCAGGGGCGGAUCCGAAAUCGGUGGAUGCGUCGCUUGGGGAGAUCGUGCCCCGGCUGCUCAAGCGGUUCAGCUCGCGCGAGGGAUACACGCUUUUCGACGACUCUAUCCCAACAUUGAAGAGCCUCAGGAACAUGAACAUCCUUACUGGACUGGUCAGCAACACGGAUGCACGGAUGAGGGCUGUCAUUGAGGAUCUGGAGCUCAUUCCGCACCUGGAUGCCGUGCUGCUGAGCGAAGAAGAGGGUGUCGAAAAGCCCUCGCCAGAGAUCUUUAAGAGAGCCUACGAACGCGUAGGAGUGGCGCCAAAACAGACAGUCCAUGUUGGCGACGAGUUAGAUAGUGACUAUCUUGGUGCGAAGGCUUGUGGUCUUCAUGCACUGCUCGUUCGCAGGCCAGGCCCCGAGGGUGAGGAAGAACGGAAGGACGCGGGAGAAGAUCUCACCGGUGUCGAGGUUAUUGCAAAUCUAUUGCAAGUCGUGGAGUGGGUGCGAGGGCGUAACAGCCUCUCCGGGGUUGCGUGA